GCUCACUCAGCUCUUGAUCCUCCAAUUCUUCCCAAAUCUUACCUUCCUCACAAGAAAUCACUAAAAAAUUAUUUGGAAAAAAAUAUCCGGAAAAUAUAUUUUCAAAUCAAACCUUCAAACAUGGGUUCUUCUCAAUUCCUUCUCUCUCUAUCUCUUUCCAUGAAUGUCUCUUCACAUUUUCUUCAUUAGAUUUCUUGGGUUUCUCGGAAUUCUGGGAUUUUCUCUGUUUCUCUUCUCAAUCUCAAUGGAAGUUGAUCAAGAGGUACAAGUGAGUGAAUCAGAACAGGUCAAUACACAUGUUUAUUCGGUGUGGGCGCUUCCACCGGAGGACCUAAGGCCGAGACUGAAGAAGUUGAUGGAGGGUCUCAGAUCGGAGUUCGGAGGGCCGGAGUUCGAGCCUCACGUGACCGUCGUCGGAGCGAUUAGUUUGACGGAGGGGGAUGCACGUGACAAGUUUAGGAAGGCGUGCGAGGGAUUGAAGGCUUAUUCAGCUACUGUGGAGAGAGUGGCGACUGGGACUUUCUUUUAUCAGUGUGUUUUUCUUUUACUGGAUCCAACGGCCGAGGUGGUAGAGACCAGUGCACACUGCAGCAGUCAUUUUGGUUACAAGAACUCCUCACCUUAUAUGCCACAUUUGAGCCUCCUUUACGGAGAUUUGACAGACGAAGAGAAGAAGAACGCUCAAGAGAAAGCUAACAUUCUUGAUGAAGGCAUUGGCAGCGUGAGAUUCAACAUACCUCGCCUUGCACUGUAUAAAACAGACACCGAAGACAAAACACUUAAAUCUUGGGAAAUGAUUGCUGAGUGCAACCUUGACCCCAAAUAAGCUUUGCUGAGUACAAUCUGGGGCCUAGUCUGUUACAAAAAUGCUAUCCUUUGUUCGUUUGCUUGUGUAAUAAGUCCUACUUUGUCAUAGGUUUUCCUUGCAUUUCUGUCUAACUUUAAAUUUUAUUGAAGGAUUUGGCAAGUCUAUGAAGCUUUUUUGCUAU